AUGGGAUUGGCAAGAAAACAGCUUACCAUUGUUUUUCUCUUUCUCUGCUUUACACUUUUUCUGCAAUUGAUCUUUGUUUCCUCUUCUACUUCACCUCAGGGUCAAAAAGAAACUGCAGCAUCAAGAAGUCUUGAGCAUGAGAAAGAAGUGCAUUGUUCAAGAAAAAGGAGUAGGGCAGCAUGGAAAAUAAUUGAGGAGUAUUUGAUGCCCUUUGUUGAGAAAGAACGAUAUAAGAUGUUGAGUACGUGUAGGCUUCAUCCAGAGAAUGACUUAUACAGAGAUCAAGAACAGCAUAAGGUGCAUGUAGAUAUAAAUGAAUGGCAAUGCGGAUACUGUAAGAAGACCUUUUAUGAAGAGAAGUACCUUGAUAAGCAUUUUGAUAACAGACACUACGAUCUGUUGAAUGUGAGUCAUAGCAGGUGCUUGGCAGAUGUAUGUGGUGCCUUACAUUGUGACCUUGUUAUGGAUUCUGCACCACAGAAGACCAGGUGCAAUCCUGCUGCUGUAGGAAGGAAUAAGCAUCUGUGUGAGAGUCUAGCUGACAGUUGUUUCCCAGUCAAUGAGGGUCCUUCAGCUCUCCGUCUCAAUGAGUUCUUCUUGCGCCAAUUUUGUGAUGCCCACACUUGCUCUGGAGGUCAGAAGCCAUUUCUUAAAAGGGGAAAGUCUACCUCAGUCAAUGCAACUGGAGCCAGUUUAUUGGUUUAUCUUGAAAUACCAGAUUUGAUUGUGGCACCCACCUUGUAUUCAGAAGGAGACAAGCACACUGUAUCUUAUAAUUUCUAUUCUGGUUUUGAUGCUGCUGGCACUUUUCUACAGCUUCGUGUAUUUGUACUGGAGGAAAUUGAAGGCGUUUCAGCAGGAGAAGAAAUCUAUAUACUCUUACAAGAUGAUGCUGAAAAUGACGGGAGUGGUGAUGAAGAUAUUGCUGUCAUUGCAAAGAAAUUCAUUAUAUCAAGAAGAAGAGUUUUCCAAAAGGUGACUCGAUUUGCUAAGAAUGCAGGACAGAGCUUGAACCUGUCAAACAAAGCAUGGGAUCAGAGGGCUGCUGACAUACAUGCCCUAGGAUGUUCUGUCGGACAUAAAGUGGCUUAUACUUGUGGGGGUGGAACAGCAAAAUAA